CAGGUAGUAAACACCCCCAAUGUCAUCUGUCAAAACGUUGGUCAAACAAGACACAGGGUCGAGGUUACUACAGAGAAGGGAUCGUAAAAUCACUUAGCUCGGAUAGUUCAUGGAGGUCGUAUAGCUUCUCUAUUCAUACCUCAGUGAUUCUAACGGCCGCAACAAGGAAAUAUUAGCUAGCAAGUUGAUAGCACAUUAGCCUAGCUACGAGACGAAGACUGUUGCCAACUAGCGCAGCUGUGUUUCAUCAAACUGUGUAAGUGGCAAACGAAUCGGCAUCAAAAAGUAUUAAUUAACCGAUAUUUGACACUCUUAAUCGCAAAUUUGUACUGAAGAGUGGUGAUGGACUUUCUCGCUGGCUGCAUUGGCGGUAAGUCUGAUUUGAAGCACAUCAACCCAGGAGGCAGCUUUAGCUAACUACUGGCUGCACUAAGCCAAUCAGGGAAGGCAAGCGCACCCAUCCAUCGUCAUAUGCUACCUAUCGUCAGACCACACACACAGAUAAUUGUCUUUAAACCAAUUUGAGAAAUUAAUUCUUACAUUGUGUCAAUUUGUGUGAGCUAUGUAUGUCAUUGAGAUUGUUCAACUCUAGCCUUGUUCACAUGCUCACCCGGCUAACUACUGUAGGUAGUUAAAUCGAUAGUGUGUGAUGAUGCAAUCCCAUUCCGCGAUUUAAACCGCAUUUUUGUACUUGGCGUUAGUGAGUCGACAGGGCACGCAAGGUUAAUUUUCCAAAUGAUAUCUAUAUAAAUGGGAACACGUGUGACAUAAUGUAGAUGUCUAGAACUUUUCAGACAAUGCAUUAAAACCAGUAACUGACUCUGUGUGAUUGUAACCAAAGCCGCGGGAAGUAGAGUUGCUGAACUCCCUGAAAAUAAAAAAUAAAAUAUUAAUACAUUUUUAUUAUCAUCAUUAUUAUUAUUUUAUUUUUUAUUAAGGUAGUUCACUGUGGUAAAAAUCACAGCAUCCCCCAUACCCAAACAUCUUCCUGUGGCUAUGAUUGUAACAUCAUAUACCAGGAAUAACAAACUCAAUUUAACACCAUAAGUCACUGUAGCCUACAGUCGGAAUAAUUGUUAGGCAUGACAUUGUUGCAAUGUAGAUAUAUGCCUAUUAGGUAAGUCAGGUCACUGCAAGCCAUAUUGAGUCUGCUAUCUGGUGUCAGAAAAAAGUAGGCCCUAUGUGUCAUAAAAGCUGGAUACCAGGGGAUAUGGGAAACCACCGUCAACAUUUCAGGGUUAGACCUUAUUUAGGAAUCUGAUGCCAGUAGCCUCCAAUGUUACCUUGGUGCUUUUCUUCUUGAUUAGAUUUGUUUAUAGGUGGUUGGUUCAUAAAGUAGAUGGAUAGCCCUUCUCUCCAGGAAGACUAAGUUUAUGUUGUUGAAAGUUAAGUCUACUUCUGGUGAAAUUAUUUAUGAUAAGUGAUCCAUCCUGUGGUUUCAGUUACUGCUCUAUCAAUCAAUGAUUUAUACGUCAAAUGACAGGCAUACAAAGUUACUUGUCAAUAUUCAAUGACUUGGCUAUCGUUGGAGAAAGAUCAAAUUACUCCAUUUUUAAAAUAUUUGCAGACUGAAACAGAACCUAAGAUGGCUCUACUGUAAAAAGCAUAUGCAUCUACACAUACCCCUUCACAGACCAAUCACGCUCUCCCUCCUGCUGUCACUGGUCUGCUAUGGAAGGGUCUGGUGUAUAUGUAAACCCAUAGGGGAGAGAUUCACAUGCUCAACGUUAGUGGAAUGGCGUGAAAAGCCCGACUCGACUCAGAAGGCAACUUUAGUAUUAUGUGGGAAUGUAAAGCCUAUUAGAUCCACUAUUUGGAGGGGAGCCAUAAACAUACAUGAGUGUAAACUAUCCUCCAUGUUUGCACCAGGUGUUCCAUAACAAUACUAUUCUAAUGGCUAUUCCGACUAGAAUGUGGUUAUGUUGGAACUUUUGCUGCCAACAUGGCACGCUGCAAAAGUGGGCGGCAGGUAGUUUAGUGUUUCAGAGCGUUGGGCCAGUAACUGAAAGGUUGCUGGUUCGAAUCCCCGAGCUGAUUAGGUGAAAAAUGUGCCUGUGCCCUUGAGCAAGGCACUUAACCUUAAUUGCUCCAGUAAGUCGCUCUGGAUAAGAGCGCCUGCUAAAUGACUCAAAUGUAAAUGAUGACAAACCAAGCCUUUGAGCAUUUGUGAAUCAAUUCUUCUGAAAACUUGCAUUAGGCUUUAAAAGCAAUCAUUCCAAGCUGACCUUAGGGGAAUGAAAAACUUGCGUAGUUACUUUGUACCAUAAUUUUAAUGCAACAUGUAAAGUGUUGGUCCCAUGUUUCAUGAGCUGAAAUAAGAGAUCCCAGAAAUGUUCCAUACGCACAAAAACGUAUUUCUCUCAAAUGUUGUGCACAAAUAUGUUUACAUCCCUAUUGGUGAGCAUGUUUCUCCUUUGCCAAGAUAAUCCAUCCACCUGACAGAUGUGGCAUAUCAAGAAGCUGAUUAAACAUCAUGAUCAUUACACAGGUGCACCUUGUGCUUGGGAAAGUAAAAGGCCACUCUAAAAUGUGCAAUUUUGUCACACAACACAAUGCCAAAAGUGUCAAGUUUUGAGGGAGUGUGCAAUUGGCAUGCUGACUGCAGGAAUGUCCACCAGAGCUGUUGUCAGAUAAUUUACUGUUAAUUUCUUUACCAUAAGCCGCCUCCAACGUUGUUUUGGAGAUUUUGGCAGAACGUCCAACCCGCCUCACAACCGCAGACCUCAUGUAACCACGCCAGCCCAGGACCUCCACAUCCGGCUUCCUCAACUGCGGGAUCAUCUGAGACCAUCCACCCGAACAGCUGAUGAAACUGAGGGGCAUUUCUGUCUGUUAUAAAGCUCUUUUGUGAGGAAAAACUCUUUCUGAUUGGGUGCUGCCGGAGUCUUAGUAGGGCACCCUUUUGACACCGUUAAGAAAAGGUCUUACUGUGUUAGUAGAUACUUCUACACAACCGUACACUGUAGUGAGACUCCAGGUUCAGAAUGUGGACAAGCCUCUCUACCGCGGGACCUACCACUGUUUCCAGUCCAUCGUUCGGCAGGAGUCGAUGUUUGGGCUGUACAAAGGCAUCGGCUCCCCCAUGAUGGGCCUAACCUUCAUCAAUGCCAUAGUGUUUGGAGUGCAGGGAAACGCUAUGCGUUACCUGGGCCACGACACCCCUAUGAACCAGUUCCUGGCCGGGGCCGCAGCCGGAACCAUCCAGUGUGUCAUCUGCUGCCCCAUGGAGCUGGCCAAGACACGCAUGCAGAUGCAAGGCACUGGGGAGAAGAAGUCCAAGAGGAAGCUCUACAAGAAUUCCCUGGACUGUCUGGCCCGUAUCUACAAGCGGGAGGGGCUGUCGGGGGUGAACCGUGGCAUGGUUACCACGCUGAUCCGAGAAACCCCCGGUUUUGGGGUCUACUUCCUGGCCUAUGACGUCCUGACUCGCUCCAUUGGCUGUGAACCUGACGACCCCUACAUGAUUCCCAAACUGCUAUUCGCCGGUGGGAUGUCCGGGAUUGCCUCUUGGCUCUCCACCUAUCCAGUGGACGUGAUUAAGUCCCGCCUCCAGGCGGAUGGGGUGGGUGGGGUCUACCAGUACACCAGCAUCGCUGACUGCGUGCGGCAGAGCGUGAGGAGGGAGGGGCUCAGAGUGUUCACGCGAGGUCUUACCUCCACCCUGCUCAGGGCGUUUCCCGUCAAUGCUGCCACCUUCGCCACUGUCACGCUGGUGCUGCUGUACGCACGGGGAGUGGAAGAGGGGCCCAAAGACUGUGAGCUGGGGCCCCCCAACACAGCUCACCACACACAGCUACCGCAGCAGACCCAGGCUUCCAGCUUGUGAUCUGAGUCUGGAGGUGUUACUCCCAACAAAGCUGCUCUACUGUGGGGUGGGGGAGGGAGGGAAACCCAUUGGGACCCAAUGCCCUUUUGAAUCGCUGAGUAUGGAAACCCAUAGACUCCUGAUAUAGCUAUAUGUACACUACCGUUCAAAAGUUUGGGGUCACUUAAAAAUUUCCUUUCCUGGCGCUAACCAGAAUUGAAAGAGGAGUGGGAGGCCCCAGUGCACAACUGAUCAAGAGGAUAAGUACAUUAGAGUGUCUAGUUUGAGAAACCGACGCCUCACAAGUCCUCAACUGCCAGCUUCAUUAAAUAGUACCCACAAAACACCAGUCUCAAAGUCAACAGUGAAGAGGCGACUCCAGGAUCCUGGCCUUCUAGGCAGUGUUCCUCUGUCCAGUGUCUGUGUUCUUUUGCCCAACUUAAUCUUUUAUUUUUAUUGGCCAUUCUGAGGUAUGGCUUUUUCUUUGCAACUCUGCCUAGAAGGCCAGCAUCCCAGAGUCGCCUCUUCACUGUUGAUGUUGAGACUGGUGUUUUGAUGGUACCACGCUGUAUUUCUGAUCAAUUUGAUGUUAUUUUAAUAGACUAAGAAAUGUGCUUCUCUUUCAAAAACAAGGACAUUUUUAAGUGACCUCAAACUUUUGAACAGUAGUGUAGAUCUAUAGAUUUGCAGGCUAAGACUGCACUUGACUUGUAUACAUAAUUUACUGUGGGAGGGGGUUUUGUAUAAUGUUUAAAGUAACCGUUAUUUCCUGCCUUAUUACAUUUUAACAGUUUUACUGAAAUGGAGAAGUCGAAGCACUGAUAUCUUUGGAAGAUGUGACAAAAAAGACUGAGAUUGAACCCAAAGUUUAAUAUGCCACUUUCUCUCUCAGACCAUAGUAUUGCUCAAAUAAACCAAGAGUUAUGGUCGCUGGUACUAACUGGUACAACCACAUGUAUACUAACAAGCACUGUAAUGGUAUGGUUAUGCAGUUUAUCCUUUUAUAGCUCUGUCUUUGCACAGUAACUAUUCAGUAGUCUACUUUGGUCUCAGGAGAUUCACAUGUAGGGCACUAGUUGAGUUAAAGCACUUAUCAUGUCCUAACUGAAAAGCAACCUAUAAUGCACCUGAGCGAUAUCUGAAAGCUGAAUGAAAGCCCCGAAUGUGACGUUUUGUGUUUGAAGCACAAGUGUGAAUCCCUAUUAGAGUUGUCAAUAAUGUAAUGUGUCUUGUGUUUUUGUUUUGGGACCAGGCUUGUGUUUUACUAAGUAAUGGGAAGUUUUGUCUUUGGUGUUUUACUUGUGUAUAAAUGUGAGAUUCAUUGUAUUUUGUUUUUAAAAGAUGCGAUUGGCAAAAUUUCUAAAUAUUGCAAAUUCUAGAGGAUUUUUGUGUGUGUUUAUUAUUAUUUGAGCCGGAAUGUUAACUAAUCUAUCUGUGUCUCUUGUUCCUCAUAAUGUAGACUUUGGUAUAUCUGUUACUGUUAACUCCUGUCAUUUUAGAAGAUUUGUAAUGGGGAGUUGAUAUACAGCAUCAGUCAAAUUUUGGACACACCUACUCAUUCGACAUCAAAACUAACACAUGGAAUCAUGUAGUAAUCAAACAAGUGUUAAACAAAUCAAAAUAUAUUUGAGAUUCUUCAAAGUAGCCACCCUUCGCCUUGAUGACAGCUUUGCACACUCUUGGCAUUCUCUCAACCAGCUUCACCUGGAAUGCUUUUCCAACAGUCUUGAAGGAGUUUCCGCAUACUGAGCUCUUGUUGGCUGCUUUUCCUUCACUCUGCAGUCCAACUCAUCCCAAACCAUAUCAAUUGGGUUGAGGUCAGGUUAUUGUGGAGGCCAGGUCAUCUAAUGCAGCACUCCAUCACUCUCCUUCUUAGUCAAAUAGCCCUUACACCGCCUGGAGGUGUGUUUUGGGUCAUUGUCCAGUUGAAACAUCCAUAUGGGAUGGUGUAUUGCUGCAGAAUGCUGUGGUAGCCAUGCUGGUUAAGUGUGCCUUGAAUUCUAAAUAAAUCAUUGACAGUUUCACCAGCAAAACACCAUCACACCACCUCCUCCAUGCUUCAUGGUGGGUGCCACACAUGCAGAGAUCAUCCGUUUACCUACUCUGCGUCUCACAAAGACAGAGGUUGGAACCAAACAUCUCAAAUUUGACUCAUCAGACUAGAGGACAGAUUUCCACUGGUUUAGUGUCCAUUGCUUGUGUUUCAUUGCCCAAGCAAGUCUCUUCUUAUUGGUAUCCUUUAGUAGUGGUUUCUUUGCAGCAAUUCGACCAUGAAGGCCUGAUUCACGCAGUCUCCUCUGAACAGUUGAUGUUGUUGUCUGUUACUUGAACUCUGUGAAUGAGAACCAGUUUAAUCAUAGAGCUUGAUGGUUUUUGCGACUGCAUUUGAAGAAACUUAAAAAGUUGUUGAAAUUUUCCAGAUUGACUGACCUUCAUGUCGUAAAGUAAUAAUGGACUGUCGUUUCACUUUGCUUAUUUGAGCUGUUCUUGCCAUAAUAUGGACUUGGUCUUUUACCAAGUAGAGCUAUCUUCUGUAUACCGCCCCUACUUUGUCACAACACAGCUGAUUCGCUUAAAUGCAUUAAGAUGGAAAGAAAUUCCACAAAUGAACUUUUAAGCAGACACACCUGUUAAUCGAAAUGCAUUCCAGGUGACUCCCUCAUGAUGCUGGUUGAGAGAAUGCAAAGUUGUCAGGUUGGCUCCAGUUAAGAAUCUCUACAAUAAGAUGCAUUUUGAUUUGUUUAACACCUUUUUUUUGGUUAUUACAUGAUUCCAUAUGUUAUUUCAUAGUUUUGAUGUCUUCACUAUUAUUCUACAAUGUAGAAAAUAGUAAAAAUAAAGAAACUCUGGAAUGAGUAGGUGUGUCCAAACUUUUGACUGGUACUGUAUGUUUUUACAGGUUUGUGAGAUACUUAGUCGUAUUAGCAGAGAUUGGCAGAUCUCUCUGCGAUAUGUAUGAUGGGGACAUUUUUCAUGCUGUUCCUGUAUGAGGGUAUUAAUAUAGUAGGCUAUACACAUCAGUGGACCUACAGUAUGGUAGCUUUGACACAGUAUUCAUGUGUUUAUUAAUGACUCUGUUCUCUCUUAUUCCUUCACUGGGGAGGGAAGAACACACACACACACACACACACUGAAUUGUCUCUAGUGUGUUGCUGCAGUAAAUAACUAUCAUUGUCAUAACCUUCUGAAACAAAGGAUUCAGGAAAAUCUAUGAUGACACCACAGUAAUGUUCUUUAAGAGCUAUGAUAUCAUAAUGGCGUUCUCUGAAACAGUGACGUCUUAAUGACAGUCUCUAACAUAUCCACAAACAUAUCCACAUGUACUGAAUUGUUGAAUGUAACAAGAUGUUACCCCCACAAAAUGGUCUCUGACUUUUACCAGGAGGAGAAGAAACAUGUACCAGAGACCUGUAACAAUCAGCUUCUCUUCUAAAUAUUUUGGUUGGUAUGAGGUAGUUUGCUGCUUGGAUAGCACAACCCUUGAAAUACUGGUGUCCUGCAGUCUGCUGAAUUGGUGAAUUGUGGUUGUGGGGUAAUUGUUAGAGUUGCGUAAAUUCGAAUCUGGUAUCGGGAUAAAUAUAACAAUGAGUCACCGAUUGUAUACUAUGUAUUUUUUAUUAGCUAAGAAAUAAAUGGCAAAUGCAACUUUCAAAUAUACGGGCUCACUGUAAUACCACGCAGGGCAGAACAGGGAGCGGACAGGAUGUAUGUAAACAGGGUUCUUAUACUGUGAUAGGCCAACAGACGGGUUGGAACUAUGUCUAUCACAGUAGAGGCUGAGCGUGGUUUAGACUUGCUCAGCCUAUCGCAGGCGCUCAGGCGGGUCCCCGCUUCUUGGAGUCCUCCCUCCGUCGAUGUAUAGAUUCUUACUGUUCUGGUAUCGCAGCCUAGUUAUAACAGUUCCUCAGUUCCUGCUAUUGUGUUGUUCAGUAUUUCUCCAUCUCAGUUAAACCUCGUGAUGACCACCACUCCCUAUACCUAAUUGACCACAACUUUGUAAGAUACAGCAAGUCACACCAUGUGCUCAGUAUUGUUACAUACAAACACAAGGACAAAGCAUCUGCUGGGCUGUUAUCUACAGUUUUGCAACAUGCAGGUCACAUGUUACUCAGUUCUUGUCACACACACAAACAGGCAAGUAGAUGUAGCAAGCAGUUGUUUAAUCUCAUGAUGAUGCUCAAGUGCACAAAUGCAGAUACUUCACAUAGCCAACAUCAGAUAAUAUUUAAUCAUAUAUAGUAAAACACAGAAUCCCACAAAUAAUAAAAUAUGUUGCUGAUUGACAUUCAGUAUGCCAAUCAGUUUUUGCCAUUUGCUAAUUGUUCAUUUUAAUAUUUUUUAUAUACUGUAUCACAUUGUGUUUGUCACCAUAAUAUUUUAUUGGGCUUUGUUGUGAGCAUUUUAAUGUUCUCAUACUCCUCCAGUCCUGGACAUGAGGCUAAAGUAAAAAACUGGCAUAUGAAAAUUAUUUGGACUUUCGACUUGAUAAGAUGCGAACAAAGUAUGUGAUUUUGUGUGAUGAUAAUCUGUUAGAUCAUUUGAAAGGGGGAAUGAAAAUGUAAAUAUAUAAAACCUAUAUUUUUUGAUCUGUUAGUUGUGAUGUCCUCAAUGUUUGACUUUGACCAGAAUAAAAAUGUUUGUCUUUCUCUUAACUUGUGGGUUUUGCUGUUACAAAGAUGAGCUUGGAAAAGGAAGAUUCAAAAGAUGGAGACACUGAUAUAUUUUUGUAACAAACUAACAACACUGAGCCCAGUCAGUGUAUCUCAUGCUUUGGUUCAUCAAGGUUGACUUGUAGAACAUUUGAAAAUCAAUAAACGACUGACUCAGAUUAA